AUGGCCUACACCUGUGGUGAAGGCGAGAGGACACCAAAUUCAAGCUACACGCUUAAACUGACCUCAAGUCCUGUGUUAGAGGAUGACCUUAAACUCCUGCCUUAUCUCUACUUCCUAAUUCGGUGUGGGCCUGUUCCACACCCCAGUGAGUGCAGAUUUGGAACUAGUGCAGGCGUCGAAAAAAUCAGGUUCAGUUCCUCAAAGCCCUUUAAGAGUGGUGUGCACCGAUCGAGGCCUGCUUCCGGAUCCGCUGUGCCCCACCCCCCGCCCCCUCCAGCUGAGUACCGGGGGAGCAGCCGCCCUAACACGAAGGGACCUCUGGGCGCACCAGAGAGGUCGCGCGGGCCGGGUCCGCCUAGCGGAAAUCCACUGGACCCAGCACCGCCCUCCCUGCCACGCGCCGGGCGGAACUCCAGCCGCCGCCACUCCCGGGGCUCGCAGGAAGAAACAGGGACGUUGAGGACGCAGGGCUGGCCGGAGCAGCAGCGCGUGGCAGGCGCGAGCUCUACCGCGCAUGCUCCGCGCGCGGAGUUUCCCCGGCCCCGCCCCCUCCACGGUCGGCGAGACGCCGGCUCCUCCGCGGCGGCGGCGGCAGGGGCGGGGGCGGCCGGGGUCUCCGAGUGGCUGGUGCUGCGGGAUGGGUGCAUGCGCUGCGACGCCGACGGGCUGCACAGCCUCUCCUACCACCCGGCUCUCAACGCCAUCCUGGCCGUCACCAGCCGCGGGACCAUCAAAGUCAUCGACGGCACGUCUGGGGCUACCCUUCAGGCCUCGGCGCUCAGCGCUAAACCGGGUGGACAGGUGAAAUGUCAGUAUAUUUCUGCUGUGGAUAAAGUUAUAUUUGUGGAUGAUUAUGCAGUAGGUUGUAGGAAGGACCUUAAUGGAAUCCUGUUGUUAGACACUGCUCUGCAAACUCCAGUUUCAAAGCAGGAUGAUGUGGUUCAGCUUGAACUUCCUGUCACAGAGGCACAGCAGCUCUUAUCAGCAUGUAUAGAAAAGGUAGAUGUUUCUAGUACAGAAGGUUAUGAUUUGUUCAUCACACAACUGAAAGAUGGCUUAAAAAAUACAUCUCAUGAGACCGCAGCAAACCAUAAAGUUGCUAAGUGGGCCACAGUUACAUUUCAUCUUCCUCAUCAUGUAUUGAAGUCUAUUGCCAGUGCCAUUGUAAAUGAACUCAAGAAAAUAAAUCAAAAUGUUGCUGCCUUACCUGUGGCGUCCUCAGUGAUGGACAGAUUGUCUUACCUCUUACCCAGUGCACGCCCAGAACUUGGCGUGGGGCCAGGCCGCUCUGUAGACAGGGCAUUGAUGUAUAGUGAGGCUAACAGAAGGGAGACAUUCACUUCUUGGCCUCAUGUUGGCUAUAGGUGGGCACAGCCAGAUCCCAUGGCUCAAGCUGGAUUUUAUCAUCAGCCUGCCUCAUCUGGAGAUGAUAGAGCCAUGUGCUUUACCUGUAGUGUAUGUCUCGUUUGUUGGGAGCCUACGGAUGAACCUUGGUCUGAACAUGAGAGACAUUCCCCCAACUGCCCUUUUGUGAAAGGUGAACACACCCAGAAUGUGCCCUUGUCGGUCACACUGGCAACGAGUCCUGCACAGCUUCCUUCUGCAGAUGGAGCUGACAGAAUAUCUUGCUUUGGGUCGGGGAGCUGCCCUCAGUUUCUAGCUGCUGCCACCAAACGUGGAAAGAUCUGCGUAUGGGAUGUCUCCAAACUCAUGAAGGUGCACUUGAAAUUUGAAAUCAAUGCCUACGAUCCAGCAAUUGUACAACAACUGAUCCUAUCAGGAGACCCAAGCUCAGGAGUUGAUUCAAGGAGACCAACUUUGGCAUGGCUAGAAGACUCCUCUAGUUGCUCAGACAUACCGAAACUGGAAGGAGACAGCGAUGAUUUACUGGAGGAUUCAGACAGCGAAGAGCAUUCCAGAUCAGAUUCUGUAACGGGUCAUACGUCACAAAAGGAAGCCAUGGAAAUAAGCCUUGAUAUAACAGCACUCAGCAUUCUCCAACAGCCAGAAAAACUGCAGUGGGAGAUUGUGGCAAAUGUGCUUGAGGAUACUGUUAAGGAUCUUGAAGAACUUGGGGCAAAUCCUUGCUUAACAAACUCUAAGAGUGAAAAGACAAAGGAGAAGCACCAGGAGCAACACAACAUUCCCUUUCCGUGUUUAUUGGCUGGAGGUUUAUUAACAUAUAAAUCUCCCGCUACCUCACCCAUUAGUAGUAAUUCCCAUAGGUCACUGGAUGGUUUAAGCAGAACUCAGGGCGAAAGUAUAUCAGAACAAGGGUCAACUGACAAUGAAUCCUGCACAAAUUCAGAACUGAAUUCUCCUCUGGUAAGGAGGACUUUGCCUGUUUUACUUCUUUAUAGUAUCAAAGAAUCUGAUGAAAAAGCAGGAAAAAUCUUUUCACAGAUGAACAAUAUUAUGAGUAAAAGUUUGCACGAUGACGGUUUUACGGUUCCACAGAUUAUUGAAAUGGAACUGGAUAACCAGGAGCAGUUGUUGUUGCAGGAUCCUCCUGUGACUUACAUUCAGCAGUUUGCAGAUGCAGCAGCCAGUCUCACCUCUCCAGAUUCCGAAAAGUGGAACUCUGUGUUACCCAAGCCUGGGACUUUGGUUCAGUGCUUGAGGCUACCAAAGUUUGCAGAGGAGGAGACUCUUUGUAUAGACUCCAUAACUCCUUGUGCUGAUGGAAUUCAUUUGUUGGUAGGACUGCGAACAUGCUCUGUUGAAUCAUUGAGUGCAAUAAAUCAAGUCGAGGCCUUGAAUAAUUUAAAUAAAUUAAACUCUGCACUAUGUAAUAGACGGAAAGGUGAACUGGAGUCCAAUCUUGCUGUAGUGAAUGGUGCAAAUAUUAGUGUGAUCCAACACGAGUCACCAGCAGAUGUACCAACUCCUUUGAUCAUCCAUCCGGAGCAGAGGAAUGUUAGUGGUGGAUAUUUAGUUCUUUACAAAAUGAAUUAUACCACUCGAAUAGUGACUUUAGAAGAGGAGCCAGUAAAAAUCCAACAUAUCAAAGAUCCCCAGGACACAAUUACCUCGCUCAUACUGCUUCCACCAGAUAUACUGGAUAAUCGAGAGGAUGACUGUGAAGAGCCUGCUGAGGACGUGCAGUCAACCUCAAAGAAUGGGAUUGAAAGAGAAAAGAAGUCUGACAUUUCUACUCUUGGACACCUGGUGAUAACCACUCAGGGAGGAUAUGUGAAAGUAUUAGACCUUUCAAACUUUGAAAUUUUGGCCAAAGUGGAGCCUCCCAAAAAGGAGGGCACUGAAGAACAGGAUACAUUUGUUUCUGUCAUUUACUGCUCAGGCACAGAUAGGCUGUGUGCGUGCACCAAAGGUGGUGAGCUUCAUUUUCUCCAAAUUGGAGGAACCUGUGAUGAUAUUGAUGAAGCUGAUAUUCUGGUAGAUGGAUCCCUUUCUAAAGGAAUAGAACCAUCUUUAGAAGGUUCUAGACCUUUAUCAAAUCCUUCAAGUCCUGGUAUUUCAGGAGUUGAUUUAUUGGUGGACCAGCCUUUCACACUUGAAAUCUUGACGUCUCUAGUAGAGCUAACUCGAUUUGAGACACUGACUCCACGAUUUUCAGCUACUGUUCCUCCAUGUUGGGUAGAAGUUCAGCAAGAACAGCAGCAAAGACGGCACCCUCAGCACCUGCAUCAGCAGCACCAUGGAGAUGCUGCUCAGCACACCCGCACUUGGAAAUUACAGACCGACAGCAACAGCUGGGAUGAACAUGUAUUUGAACUGGUUCUUCCUAAAGCCUGUAUGGUUGGACAUGUAGACUUCAAAUUUGUUCUGAACUCGAACAUCACCAGUGUCCCCCAGAUACAAGUGACACUGCUGAAGAACAAGGCUCCGGGCCUAGGGAAAGCCAAUGAAACAGCAGUAGAUAGGCAGAUCACCUUUCCUUUGUCUCCAGCUCUUAACAUUGAAGUGGAACAAAAUGGGAACCCGUCUCUGGUUGAUAUGAAUGAAGAAAUGCAGCACAUGGAUGUAGAGGAGUCACAGUGUCUUCGGUUAUGUCCGUUUUUAGAGGAUCAUAAAGAAGACAUUCUGUGUGGCCCAGUAUGGCUUGCUAGUGGUCUUGAUCUAUCAGGUCAUGCUGGGAUGUUGACAUUGACAAGCCCCAAACUUGUUAAAGGUAUGGCAGGAGGGAAAUAUCGCUCGUUUUUAAUCCAUGUCAAAGCAGUUAAUGAAAGAGGAGCAGAUGAGAUGUGUAGCGGUGGCAUGCGUCCUGUUGUGAGACUUCCAUCUCUGAAACACCAGGGUCACAAGGGCUACUCACUUGCUUCUCUCUUGGCAAAGGUUGCAGCAGGCAAGGAAAAAUCAUCUAAUGUUAAAAAUGAAAAUGCAGGAAGCACUCGUAAGUCUGAAAAUCUCCGGGGCUGUGACUUACUUCAAGAAGUCUCUGUCACCAUUCGGAGAUUUAAGAAAACUUCAAUUUCUAAGGAAAGGGUUCAGCGUUGUGCCAUGUUACAGUUUUCAGAAUUCCAUGAGAAACUUCUUAAUACUCUUUGUAGAAGAUCAGAUGACGGGCAAGUCACAGAACACGCUCAGAGUCUUGUUUUGGAUGCUCUCUGCUGGUUAGCUGGAGUUCAUUCAAAUGGACCUGGCAGCUCAAAGGAAGGAAAUGAGUGCCUACUUUCAAAAACACGAAAAUGUCUUUCAGACAUUGUACGUGUUUGCUUCUUCGAGGCAGGACGAAGUAUAGCCCAUAAAUGUGCCCGAUUUCUAGCCUUGUGCAUUAGUAAUGGCAAAUGUGACCCCUGUCAGCCUGGAUUUGGAUCUGUUCUGUUGAAGGCUUUACUUGAUAAUAUGUGCUUUUUGCCAGCAGCAGCAACUGGUGGUUCUGUCUAUUGGUAUUUUGUAUUGCUAAAUUACGUUAAGGAUGAAGACUUGGCUGGGUGCAGUACGGCUUGUGCAGCUUUACUCACUGCCGUGUCCAGACAGUUGCAGGACAGGCUGACACCACUGGAGGCUCUACUUCAAACAAGAUAUGGAUUAUACAGCUCCCCAUUUGAUCCAGUCCUUUUUGACUUGGAGAUGAGUGGCUCUUCUUGUAAAAAUGUAUACAAUAGCAGCAUUGGUGUCCAGUCAGAUGAAAUUGAUUUAUCAGAUGUUCUUUCAGGAAAUGGAAAAGUCAGUAGUUGCACAGCUGCUGAGGGAAGUUUCACAUCUCUCACUGGACUUUUAGAGGUUGAACCCCUGCACUUUACUUGCGUGUCAACUAGUGAUGGAACCAGAAUAGAAAGGGAUGAUGCAAGUACGUUUACUGUGAGUUCCUUCGGGGUUACUCCUGCAGUAGGUGGACUAUCAUCUGGGACAGUUGGGGAAGCCUCGACAGCCCUGAGUUCAGCAGCCCAGGUAGCUUUGCAGUCUCUCUCUCAUGCAAUGGCUUCAGCCGAGCAACAGCUACAGGUGCUGCAAGAGAAACAGCAGCAGCUUUUGAAGCUUCAGCAACAGAAAGCAAAGCUGGAAGCCAAGUUGCAUCAGACAACAGCUGCAGCAGCUGCAGCAGCAUCAGCAGCAUCAGCAGCAGGCCCUGUUCACAACUCUGUGCCUUCCAACCCUGUCGUUGCCCCUGGAUUUUUCAUCCAUCCAUCUGAUGUUAUUCCACCUACUCCAAAAACAACACCACUUUUCAUGACUCCACCACUGACUCCGCCCAAUGAAGCAGUUUCUGUUGUGAUUAAUGCUGAACUUGCACAGCUAUUUCCAGGCUCAGUCAUUGAUCCUCCAGCAGUGAAUCUUGCUGCACAUAACAAAAAUUCCAACAAGUCUAGAAUGCUUGUGAGGAGUCUGGCUAGUUUUUGUUUUAGCCACAUUUCCUACUCAGAAAGCAUUGCUCAGUCAAUAGAUAAUUCCCAGGACAAACUUAGGCGGCAUCAUGUUCCACAACAUUGUAAUAAGAUGCCUAUUACAGCAGACCUAGUUGCUCCUAUUCUUAGGUUUUUGACUGAAGUUGGCAAUAGCCAUAUUAUGAAAGAUUGGCUUGGUGGUUCUGAAGUUAAUCCACUAUGGACAGCACUUUUGUUUUUAUUGUGUCACUCUGGGUCCGCUGCUGGAGGACAUAAUUUAGGGGCACAACAGAGCAGCACAAGAGCAGCUUCUCAUUCUUCAGCUGCUACAACAGGACUGACUACUCAGCAACGGACAGCCAUUGAGAAUGCAACUGUUGCCUUCUUUCUGCAAUGUAUUUCAUGUCACCCUAAUAAUCAAAAGCUGAUGGCACAGGUUCUCUGUGAACUGUUUCAGACAGCUCCUCAAAGGGGUAGCCUCCCAACCUCUGGUAAUAUUUCAGGGUUUGUACGAAGACUGUUCUUACAGUUGAUGCUGGAGGAUGAGAAAGUGACAAUGUUUCUUCAGUCGCCAUGUCCACUGUACAAAGGGAGAAUUAAUGCAACCAGCCAUGUCAUCCAACACCCAAUGUAUGGGGCAGGUCAUAAGUUUCGUACUCUUCAUUUGCCAGUCUCAACAACAUUAUCAGAUGUUCUUGAUAGAGUUUCAGAUACUCCAAGUAUCACAGCUAAACUAAUUAGUGAACAAAAAGAUGAUAAAGAGAAGAAGAACCAUGAAGAGAAAGAAAAGGUUAAGGCAGAAAAUGGAUUUCAGGAUAACUACAGCGUUGUUGUUGCUUCUGGGUUGAAAUCGCAGUCUAAACGUGCUGUGUCUGCUACACCACCUCGUCCACCAUCCAGGAGGGGAAGAGCAAUUCCUGAUAAAAUAGGAAGUACUUCCUCAAGCGCAGACACCGCUAACAAAAUAAUCACUGUCCCAGUGUUUCACUUGUUUCACAGACUCCUUGCAGGUCAGCCAUUGCCAGCUGAAAUGACGCUUGCCCAGCUUUUAACUCUUCUCUAUGACCGAAAACUUCCUCAAGGUUACCGUUCAAUAGACCUUACUGUUAAGUUGGGAUCAAAAGUUAUUACAGACCCAAGUUUGUCCAAAACAGAUUCCUUUAAAAGACUACACCCUGAAAAAGAUCAUGGAGAGUUAAUUGGUAGCUGUCCAGAAGAUGAGGCUCUUACUCCAAGUGAUGAGUGUAUGGAUGGAGUACUAGAUGAAUCUUUGCUGGAAACGUGUCCCAUUCAGUCACCAUUGCAGGUUUUUGCAGGAAUGGGUGGAUUGGCUCUUAUUGCAGAAAGGUUGCCCAUGCUCUAUCCAGAAGUAAUUCAGCAGGUGAGUGCUCCAGUGGUGGCAUCUACUACUCAAGAAAAACCAAAAGAUAGUGAUCAGUUUGAGUGGGUGACCAUAGAACAAUCAGGCGAACUAGUUUAUGAAGCUCCAGAAACUAUUGCAGCUGAGCCUCCACCUGUCAAGUCAGCAGUGCAAGCCACUUCUCCCAUACCUGCCCAUUCUUUGGCUGCUUUUGGAUUAUUUCUUCGUCUUCCGGGGUAUGCUGAAGUGCUCCUGAAAGAGAGAAAACAUGCCCAGUGCCUUCUUCGAUUGGUAUUGGGAGUUACAGAUGAUGGAGAAGGCAGCCACAUUCUGCAAUCUCCAUCAGCCAACGUGCUUCCAACUCUUCCUUUCCACGUUCUUCGCAGCUUGUUUAGUGCUACUCCCUUGACAACCGAUGAUGGUGUGCUUCUGCGGCGGAUGGCACUGGAAAUUGGAGCAUUGCACCUAAUUCUUGUCUGUCUCUCAGCUCUGAGCCAUCAUGCUCCACGAGUUCCAAACUCUAGCCUUAACCAAACUGAGCCACAGGUGUCAAAUUCUCAUAACCCCACGUCAACAGAAGAACAGCAGCUGUAUUGGGCCAAAGGUACUGGCUUUGGCACAGGUUCCACAGCAUCAGGAUGGGACGUAGAACAAGCCUUAACCAAACAGAGGCUAGAAGAGGAGCAUGUGACUUGUCUUCUGCAGGUUCUUGCAAGUUAUAUAAACCCCAUGAGUGGUGCUAUAAAUGGCGAAGCCCAGACAUCUCAUGAGAGCCGAGGACAGAACAGUAGCGCUCUGCCUUCUGUGCUUCUGGAGCUUCUCAGUCAGUCCUGCCUCAUCCCCGCCAUGUCCUCCUACCUGCGAAAUGACUCUGUUCUGGACAUGGCAAGACAUGUGCCACUCUACCGGGCUCUGCUAGAAUUGCUCCGGGCCAUUGCUUCUUGCACAUCUAUGGUGCCACUGUUGUUGCCUCUUUCUACAGAGAAUGGUGAAGAAGAAGAAGAAGAACAAUCAGAGUGUCAGACUUCCGUUGGUACAUUAUUGGCCAAAAUGAAGACCUGUGUUGAUACCUACACCAACCGCUUAAGAUCUAAAAGGGAAAAUGUUAAAACAGGAGUCAAACCAGAUGCACCUGAUCAAGAACCAGAAGGACUUACUCUUCUGGUCCCAGACAUCCAGAGGACUGCUGAGAUCGUCCAUGCAGCCACCACCAGUCUGCGGCAAGCCAAUCAAGAAAAAAAACUAGGUGAAUACUCAAAGAAAGUGGCUAUGAAACCCAAACCUUUGUCAGUAUUAAAAUCACUUGAAGAAAAAUAUGUGGCUGUCAUGAAGAAAUUGCAGUUUGAUACAUUUGAGAUGGUUUCUGAAGAUGAUGAUGGAAAAUUGGGUUUUAAAGUAAAUUACCACUACAUGUCUCAGGUGAAAAAUGCCAAUGAUGCCAACAGUGCUGCCAGAGCCCGCCGUCUGGCUCAGGAAGCGGUGACGCUUUCAACCUCACUGCCUCUAUCAUCGUCUUCCAGUGUGUUUGUACGCUGUGAUGAGGAGCGACUUGACAUCAUGAAGGUUCUGAUAACUGGACCAGCGGACACACCCUAUGCAAACGGCUGCUUUGAAUUUGAUGUAUAUUUUCCUCAAGAUUACCCUAGCUCACCUCCUCUUGUGAACCUAGAAACAACUGGGGGUCAUAGCGUACGCUUCAAUCCCAACCUUUACAAUGAUGGCAAGGUUUGUUUAAGCAUCCUAAACACGUGGCAUGGAAGGCCUGAAGAGAAGUGGAAUCCUCAGACAUCAAGCUUUUUGCAAGUGUUGGUUUCUGUCCAGUCCCUUAUAUUAGUAGCCGAGCCUUACUUUAAUGAACCAGGAUAUGAACGGUCUAGAGGCACUCCCAGUGGCACACAGAGUUCUCGAGAAUACGAUGGAAACAUCCGACAAGCAACGGUUAAAUGGGCAAUGCUAGAACAAAUCAGAAAUCCUUCACCAUGCUUUAAAGAAGUUAUUCACAAACAUUUUUACUUGAAAAGAAUUGAGAUCAUGGCCCAGUGUGAGGAGUGGAUUGCAGACAUCCAGCAGUAUAGCAGCGAUAAGCGGGUGGGCAGGACCAUGUCUCACCAUGCAGCAGCUCUCAAGCGCCACACUGCUCAGCUCCGAGAAGAGCUACUGAAACUUCCCUGUCCUGAAGGCUUAGAUCCAGACAUUGAUGAUGCCUCCCAGGUAUGCAGGACCACAGUGCGUGCUGAAGAGACUCUAACACAUGACCAUGGCAAACCCAGCAGCAGCAAAGACCUCCCCAGUGACUUUCAAUUAUGAGCUGCAUUGAUAUGGAUUUCAUAGACACAAAGGCUUCGGAAGCACAAGCCAAAUAUGUCAAUAUUUGUAUGUAAGAAACUAAUUAUGUAAUAGGUAAUGAAACUGAAACUAUACUAUGCCCUUAAGGAGAUCCAGUUUAAUUCAAGGUGAUCUUUGAUUUACCUGUACAAGAGUGUAAACUUUUUUGUGCUUUUAUUUUUCAAUUGUGAGAACCACUGAUUGGUAUGUUCAACAAAUUUGUGUAUACAAAGAAAUGGAUAAAUCACUGAUCUAUAAGGGAAACUACCUUAGGAAAGAAUGUUUACUUAAUGUUUAUCUUUUUUUUUAACUGUAGAGUGAGAGGUUGUUAACAAAGGAUAUAUAUUGGUCAUUCUUACAACUGCUAUUUAAAGUCAGCAACUUUUCACUGAAUUUGAUAGAUUUUAUGUUUGGCCAUAUCUUCAUGCUCAUAUUUGAUUUCUGAAGACCUCCUACAUACACUUUAAUAAAAGUUAAACGUGCAUAGCCUUUCUUUUUUGAUUUACUGGUACAUUUUUAAGUAAUAAAUCUGCCAUAAAAUGCACUAUAGCUGGAGACUUGCACUUGUAUGGAUGAAUUUAUUACAUUCAACAUAUUUAAUUUUAUGCCUUCUAAGAUGCAGAAAAAAAUAAAUGAACAUGAUUUUAUUCUAUGCCAAACAUUGGGCCUCUGAAUGUAUCAGUUCUUUGAAUUUAAAUAUAUGAAAAGGUAUGGUCAAUUGGAAAAGUCACUUUAAACUGUUUUCCUCAAGGGCUCCUCUUUGUCCUGGACUGUGUGGUUUUGUUCCUAAAGUCACAUGUAUGUAUCAACGUGGAGGCUCUGUAGAGGAGAGAGGCUGGGCCUCUCUGGUGCUGUUACAGUACGUUCUGUACCUGCCAUUCAGGCUCCUUUUCAUUCAAAUUCUUCCUAGAGCCAAUAAAUAAAAACUUAGGUGAA